UGGCCCCCAUACGCAAACACACCACAUUACUAUGGAGGCGCAGGCGUUGACGGACAAGAUUGUGGCCACUGGCAACGCCAUCCGCGAGCUCAAGGCGGCCAAGGAUGCGGCUAACGCCGAGGCGAUUACUGCCAAAGUUCAGGAGCUGUUGGCGCUCAAGGCCGAGUUUAAGACGCUGACGGGUGCUGACUAUACACCUCCACAGCAACCCAAGAAGCAGAAGGAGGCUGCUCCGUCCGCUGCUCCUGCCGACGGUGAGGCCCCCAAGAAGUCCAAAAGCCAGCUCAAGAAGGAGAAGAAGCUGGCCGAGCAGGCGGCCAAGAAGGCCGCGGGUGGCUCUUCCAAGGCCGGCAAGCAGAAGCAGAAACAGAAGCAGGCCAAACCCAGUGAGAGCGCGAAGCCCGCCGAGAGCGCCGCCGUUCCGUCUGACGCUGAGCUACUGCUGCGCCAAGCCGAGUUCCAGCAUCAGGUGCUGAGCUCGGGCGCGGCCAGUGGCGCCCAGGUCGUGACCCCGUGGGAUGUCGAGGCGGAGGACGGUGUGGACUACGACAAGCUCGUGGAGCAGUUCGGUAGCACUAAGAUCCCGCCCGAGAUGGUCGAGAGGAUGGAGCGACUCACUGGCCACAAGGCCCACCGCUACUUGCGUCGCGGCUACUUCUUUUCGCACCGUGAUCUGGACGUGAUCCUGGAUGCCUAUGAGAAGGGCGAGAAGUUUUUCCUGUACACUGGCCGUGGCCCGUCGUCGGGCAGUCUGCACAUGGGUCACUUGAUCCCAUUCACCUUCACGGCCUGGUUGCAGAAGGUGUUCGACGUUCCUCUCGUUAUUCAGCUGACAAACGAUGAAAAGUUUCUGUUCAAGGACCAGACACUCGAGGAGAGCGAGGUGAUGGCCUGGGAGAACGCCAAGGACAUCAUUGCCUGUGGUUUUGACGUUAAGAAGACCUUCAUCUUCGCCAACACGGACUACAUCAAGGAGAUGUACCCUCAGAUCCUCAAGGUGCAGAAGUGCGUCACGUACAACCAGGUGCGCGGCAUCUUCGGCUUCACUGGAUCCGACAACAUCGGCAAGUCGGCCUUCCCAGCUGUCCAAGCCGUGCCUUCUUUCUCGGAGACGUUCCCCGUGGUGCUUGGUGGACGCAAGGGUCUGCGUUGCCUGAUUCCUCACGCCAUUGACCAGGACCCAUACUUCCGCAUGACGCGUGAUGUGGCGCCGCGCAUUGGCUACCUCAAGCCUGCUUCCAUGCACUCCAAGUUUUUCCCGGCACUACAGGGUAGCACCACCAAGAUGAGCGCCAGUAAGGCCAGCACCACCAUCUACAUCUCGGACUCGCCGGAAGACAUUGCCAACAAGAUCAAGAAGUACGCCUUCAGCGGCGGAGGUGAGACCAAGGCCGACCACGAGAAGUACGGCGCCAACUUGGAGGCCGAUAUUCCGUACCAGUACCUGUCGUUUAUGCUUGAGGACGACGAGGAGCUUGAACGCAUUGGUCGGGAGUACGGCGCCGGCCGCAUGAUGUCGGGCGAGGUGAAGCAGAAGCUGAUCGAUGUCAUGGCCGAGUACACGCUGGACUUCCAGAAGCGUCGUGCCGCCAUCACUGACGACCUGGUGUCUGAGUUCAUGAGCGUGCGCCCCCUAGAGUUUUAGGCACCGUUAGCUCCAUGUUGUAUUUGGCCAACUCGUACACUGCAGCUAUCGUAGCAGUGCUAUGGAAACAAGUGCCACUUUUUGCGCCUGCGUCUUGUAUUUAUGAGUUACUGUUGAGUAUCCUCGCCAUGCAGACGCGUAUGGGCUCAAAAAGCGCGGAUUUGGAUUCCACUGAAGCACUACAACACUGUCGACAUCACCAAGACGCGGAGAUUUACUUCGGAAGCACAACCAAAACUGAAGUGUGGCAGCGGUGAUCUUGGAGGAGACGGCCUUGCUGCACGAAGAUGAAGGCACGGGUACAGGGACACAUACAUGCUGCAUCUGCCCCACUGCCGUCCUCCACUUUCACCGACAAGAGUUGGCAAUUUAACGCGUUGGCUCAUCAUCUGAGAUUGAGUUCAACGACUCAGGGAUGCUCCAAUACACGUUACCACUGGGACUCCAGCUGCCAGGUUUUGAUACAACGCUAGCCACGAUUGGAUUACCUGGCAACAACACACAAAUUAAGCGCCUGACUCAAAGCUAUAGAUGUGAACACACGCGCAUUGCCUCACCUCGUGCAUGCGAAAGCAGUUGCAAAUGCUUCGUCCAGGCUUAAUCGGGUCCGCGACGUACGGGAUGACAACCGAGCAUUGCAUGGGGACUAUUUUAUCCAGUGGGAGCAGGAAAAAAUCUCUGCAAGCAGCCAGCAGUUCAGAACACGUUAUAAUUUUCGUAAUAAUCACACUCAAUGGACUGUGCUUACGAACCCUUCGUUUUCGAUGGAGAUGC